AUGUCUGGCCGCGGUAAAACCGGAGGCAAGGCACGAGCGAAGGCGAAAUCUCGCUCUUCCAGAGCCGGCUUGCAGUUCCCUGUGGGUCGAGUUCAUCGGCUUCUACGCAAGGGCAACUACGCCGAGCGGAUUGGAGGAGGGGCCCCGGUAUAUUUGGCUGCGGUGCUGGAGUACUUGAGCGCUGAGAUUCUGGAGCUCGCCGGCAACGCCGCGAGGGACAACAAGAAGAGUCGAAUCAUCCCGCGGCACUUGCAGUUGGCGGUGCGCAACGAUGAAGAAUUAAAUAAGCUGCUCGGGGGAGUUACCAUCGCCCAGGGAGGCGUCUUACCCAAUAUCCAUGCGGUUUUAUUGCCGAAGAAAACCGAAGUUCUGCAUAGCGCUAGUAGCAGCAAACCCACCACCAGCGUGAGCAAGUCUUCCAAGGUGCCCAAAGUCGCGGUCAAGCCGACGACCGCUCCUGUUGCUGUUCAGUGA